GAGGCUGCUGAAGCUAUCGCAGAACGACGACAACUGCUACGUGCCCGCCAUGGGCUGCGGCGGCCCCAGCCAAGGAGCGGACUGGCGCAGCGCUGCCCCGUGGCACUCGCGGCGGCGCCAACCACAGGGCGGCUGGCAGCGGCGCGCGCCCAGCAAGCCAAGGCAGAGGCAGACCAGCCAGAAGAGGCGUGGGGAGUACAUCGUCUGCCCGCAAUGCCCGCCAGGCGAGAGCUGCGUGCGCGCCAAACGCGCGGGCGCCCCAGGAUGGGGGGGCUGCGAGACCUGCACCUACAAGUGGCCCAAGCAUGCCGACUUCACGGACAAAGACAAGCUGGCAGCGAAGCAGGCUCUGGCUACGCUCGGACUGGACGAGGACAACCUCCGUGCGACGCAGGCAGUGGUCAAGUCCGCCAAGACGUCGGGGGACACCCAGACAACCCAAGCAGCCGAGACGCUGGCCAUGCUCCCUGCGUUGGUGCCUGCACCGGCGGAGCCUGCCAGCCCAGAGCCCAAGCUGGGGGAGCGCUUGGAGGCCGCAGCGCUGCGCUGGAGACAGGCCCAGCAGUCCCAGGAGAAGGUCGCAGGCCAGCUCGCGCAGCUGGACAAGCGCAGGCAGGAGAUGCUGGGUAAACUCGACGAGACCACAGACGAGGUCAUCGAUGCCAAAAUACAGCUUGACGAGCUCCAGAGCGAGGUCAACAAAGCGGGAGGAGGCUCCCCCGCGUCACCGCCCCUGCAGCAGCAGCAGGCUGCCGAGGACCCAUGGGGUGACAUGCCCGACCUCUCGGAGCAGGACCUUGAGUUCCUGGAUCCCGAGGUCAAGACCAAAUAUGCCCAUGCCGCAGCGCUUGCGCGGCAAGCCAAGGAGGUCUACAGUGCCGCCAAGGGCCAAAGCACUUCUAUCAAGGAGGCCGCCGACACCCUCAAGGAGCUCCAGGCCAAAGUCACCGCCAAGAAGCGCCGCCGUGUGGGAGACGGAGAUGGAGGAGUCACAGAGGAGGCCAAGGUCGAAGUCAAUGAGGAAGCCGCAGAGGUCCCCAUCGACCGCGCCAAGUGCGACUUCUCCAACGCCGAGGACGUCAAGAAAUACCUCGACCAGACCACAACCAUCAAGGUGCAUGCGCUCAUGCUCGCGCUCCUGGGGAACCUGGUGAAGGCGGCGGGGGCGGGGGGCUCCCGAAGUCAUCCUGGCCUGACUUGCACGGUCAAACACCCAACUCUGGCUGCGUGGUCAGUUGGACCCCAGCCCACGACGGACGACGUCGGCAACUCCGUCGCCAUCGCCACGAAGUUCUUCCGCUGGUGCGAGGGCCGCAGUCUUCUGCCCACGUCCCAGCCCAACGGCAACCAGGCGGACAGCUGGACGCAGGUGGACAGCCUGAGCGUCGAGUCCGUUUCGGCACCGAGCCAGGACACGGUGAACCAGGCCUUGCAAGUAUUCUUCGGCAACUGCAGCCAGUAUAACGACGCAGCGAAAUCUUUCGUGGAGGGAGCGCAGUGCUAUGACCUCAUUGGCACCUGUUGGCUACGCCGCAAUGACCUUAAUACCUUCUGCCACCUGCCUGACAAGACAGGCAAGGGUGCGUUCCACGACCAACUUAACGAGGCCACGGUCACGCUCAUCCGCCUGCACCACUGCACCCUUGCGUCCAUCAGUUGUUACCUGGACUGCAGCAACAGGCUUGCGGGCAACAGUGGCGCAAAGCUGGGCAACAUCCUCAGAAUCACCAGGUCGCUUGGGGUGCCGUGGAUCAUGGUCGGGGACUUCAACUGCGCACCAGAGGAGAUGGCUUCGUCUCGCUGGCCGCAGGCGCUCAAGUGCAAGAUCCUGGCACCAGAUGCCGACCUCACUUGCGCCAGCGACAAGGGCCGAGUCCUUGAUUACCUGAUGUAUUCCGACUCAACCAGACCUUUCAUCACAUCAGUCGACGUCGUGCGCCAAGUUCCGUGGGGGCCGCACCUUGGGCUGCGCAUCCAAUUCGCGGCCAGACCAGGCGAGGUCCAAGUCCGCAUCCCGCGCCCCCCCAGGAAGUUCGAGAUUCCAACCGUUGAGACGCAGAUCACCAAAGGAGCCAAGCGGGCACAGCGAGACAGGCAGCAGUACGAAGCGGCGGUCGAGGAAGGACUGGAUGGCGAUAAGCUCGCCAACAUCCAGCACCUGUUGAGCGAGACCUACACCAAGAAGCACCCU